CCCUCGGUCCGUUCCCCCGGAAGACGCUCCCGGGGUGGUCUGGAGGUGGGUCGGAGACCAAGUCUCCCUCCUUCCCGGGGAGGGCUGGUCAGGCAGCCGCUCCCAAAAAUAGCGCAAUAGCGUUCGAUUUGUCCUAGCCAUGUGGUUUGUCUUGCUUACUGUAUAUGUCUGUGCAUUGGCUGUUCUUUUUGUUUGGGCUGAAAUCCUUGCACACAUGGGUCAACAAAUAACCACCCCUUUAAGUCUCACUCUAGAUCACUGGAAGGACGUUCGAGAACGCGCGCGCCACCUCUCAGUGGAGGUUAAAAGGAAACAAUGGGCAAAAUUCUGUUCCUCAGAGUGGCCGGCCUUCGAGGUCGGCUGGCCAAGGAACGGCACUUUUAACCUCGAUAUUAUUUUACAGAUUAAGGCGCGAGUCUUUCAGCCAGGAUCCAAUGGACACCCUGAUCAGGUGCCCUACAUUACCACGUGGGAGGAUCUUUCACGUAACCCCCCUCCCUGGAUAGAACCCUUCUCCUUCCCGACGGAGCCCAUACGGACCCCGUUACCCCUUCCUCGGCCAUCCCCAACUCCUUUGAUACCUUCCUCCCCGAUACCCCUUCUUCCUAUCCUGGUUGUGCCAACCUCCUCCCUAUACCCUCUGAAGGAGAUUCGAGAUCCAAAACCUGACAAGCCACCGGUUCUUCCGGCUGAUCAGGACUUUCUGCUCUUUGACUCUCCCCCACCCUAUCUUCCCGGCCAGCCUGCUCCCCCGCAGGAACCCCCACAACAACCAGAGCGGGAUGUGCAACCUUCUGCACCAUCCCCUGAUUCCACGAGGGCAGGGGAAGAAGUCUUAGCGCCUUCCCCGCCCUCCAGCCGCCUGCGCCUCCGUCGGGGGCAGGCAGGGGGCUCGGGAAGCGUCUGGACUUCGCAGGCUUUUCCUCUUCGCUCGGUGGCUGGCCAGAUGCAGUACUGGCCAUUUUCUGCUUCCGAUCUUUACAAUUGGAAAACCCAUAACCCCUCUUUCUCUCAGGACCCCCAGGCUCUGACUGGGCUGGUCGAGUCAAUUUUAUUGACUCAUCAGCCCACCUGGGAUGAUUGUCAGCAGCUUCUGCAGACCCUCCUCACUACUGAGGAAAAGCAGCGUGUCUACCUUGAGGCACGGAAAAACGUCCCUGGAGCAGAUGGCCGACCGACCCUACUGCCAAACGAAAUCGAGGAGGCGUUUCCCUCAACCCGUCCUGAUUGGGACUACACCACCGUUGCUGGCCCGGUUGAGAGCGCUCCAGAUCAUCCAGAACCAGGUCUGGAAACCUCUUGCAGCAGCCUACCAACCCGAGACGACAACCAUCCCACAUCCUUUCCAAAUCGGUGAUGCUGUGUAUGUCCGAAGGCACCAAUCUAAGACUCUAGAGCCCCGGUGGAAAGGCCCCUUCACUGUGCUGUUGACAACUCCCACCGCUCUCAAGGUCGACGGAAUCGCUGCUUGGGUCCACGCCUCACACGUGAAGCGAGCACCACCUCCCCAGGGCCCCGAGGAUCCGGAUAGACCAGCCAAAUGGAAGCUCCAGCGCACUCAGAACCCACUCAAGCUAAGACUUUCAAAAACUGUUUAAUAUUUAUGAUGUUCCUGGCCUUUCCCCAUUGUUUUUCCAAUCCCCAUGCUCCACAAUUGUUAACGUGGAACCCAACCCAGUCCAGCAAGAACAGAGGUCCCUCCCUCCAGUGAGGCAGGCUCUCCCCAGGCCGGUCCAAUAGAUUUUAGGAUUAAAAUCUUUGCAAAAAGAAAAGGAGGGAAUGAAGGACCCUUAUGGGGGAGAGGGACAAGAAACUAGGCCUGGGCAGAUAUCAGGGGCUUCUUAAGAGGUUAGAUGUUCCCCAGAGUCCAGCGGGCAGGACGUUCUCUGGGAAGGAAAAGUCAAUCCCCUUCAGAGAACCUCUAGGCAUGCCCAGAGCAGAGCUGCCACUCUCCUCAGCACGUUCCCUCAGCACUCCCCUCAGCACUCUCCUCAGCACUCCCCUCAGCACUCUCCUCAGCACUCUCCUCAGCACUCUCCUCAGCACGUUCUCCUCAGCACUCUCCUCAGCACUCUCCUCAGCACUCUCCUCAGCACUCUCCUCAGCACUCUCCCUCAGCACUCUCCGGUAUGCUAAUUGUCCCUCCGAACCAGCCAAUCCCGUGUUGCCACUGCAUUCCAUAUGCUAAUGGUCCCUCUGAACUGACCAAUCCUAUGCAUGCGCAUUAGGAAUAUGCUAAUUCGUUGCCUAUAUAACCUGUGUGAAACUGCCGCUCAGGGCUCC